CAGCAAUUCCAGUGGCGGCUUGCCUGGCUGUGUUUUUUUUUCCUGCUCUGCUGGCUGGGAUCUGCGCUUGUUUCACACCCCAGAUUUACCGACAGCAGUCUUUUGACAGGCGCACAAGGGGAUCCAGCUUCCUCAUCGGGAACCCUGGUCCUUUGUUGCUGCGAUUUGAUCUUCCAGGUUCUUCGGAGUCUGCGUCCGAGGCAGAAUGGCACAUCAUGGCUUUGUUUGGGGGGUGGAUAAUAGAGCGACUUAUGACCCGCGGCCUUGGGACCCGGCUCAUGUUCCUUGUCCUGGUUUGCACCUUGAUAAUAUGUGCCCCUGGAGUGCAUAUAGUAGCCAUUGAUCGCCCCCCUCUGUGCUGAUGUGAUUGCAUGCGGGCUUUCUUUCUUUCCCCUCUCGUCCACGAGCUGGAUCUUAUAUCGACUGUUCGCCGUUCGUUCUUUGCGACUGUUGAUCCGAGAUAGAUCAUCGGCCAACCUUUGAUCGCCGCUGUUCUUCUGGUGGUCUGCUGUGUCAUUCAUACUAGCACAAGAUGAAGUUCAGAAGUGGCCGCGUCGCCGCUUUUGCGGUGGCUGCGCUGUCCGUGCAACCAUGCCUCGCCCAAGAACCCACCAUGGUUAAGCACGAGUCCGGAAUCACCUUUGGCACCUGGUCCGCUGCCGCCGGUGGCUCCCAAGCUCCUUUCGAGUUUGGCAUGGCUCUGCCCGAGAACGCCUUGACGACAGACUCGACCGAAUACAUUGGUCUCCUUCGCUGCGGCAAAAGCAGCAAAGGAGAAGGCGGCUGGUGCGGACUUUCGCACGGCGAGUCGGGUCAGAUGAUCGGCGCCCUGCUGCUGGUGGCCUGGCCGCACGGCGACCAGGUGCUGACGAGCUUCCGCUACGUCACGGGCUAUGCCUUUCCCGGCGUCUACAAGGGCGACGCCAAGCUCACGCAGAUCUCGUCAAAGGUCACCGACGACUACUUCGAGGUCACCUACCGCUGCCAGGGCUGCUUGGCCUGGGAGCAGGACGGCGACGCAGGAAAGGCGUCGACCAGCCAGGGCUUCUUGGUCCUCGGCCGUGCUUCUGGCUCCGACACGCCGUCCAGCCCGGAAUGCCCGGACAAGAUCGUCCACGGGUUCCACGACACCGGGUUUGGCCAGUACGGUGCCGUGUUGGAGGGUCUGGCCAGGAGUGAGUACAGCCAGUGGGCUGGGCUGGCGACCAAGACUGUUUCGGGCAGCUGCGGCGUUAGCUCUCCAACAACCACAGCAGCCACCAUGACCUCGGCACCACCAACAAGCGUGGAGACAACAGUCCCGGCCACGACCACCACCUCGGCACCUGCCGUGACCUUUACUCCCGCACCUAGCUCAGAGUUUGACUAUAUUGUGGUGGGAGCCGGUGCGGGCGGCAUCACCGUUGCCGACAAGCUCAGCGAAAAGGGCCACAGCGUCUUGCUGAUCGAAAAGGGACCACCGUCGACAGGCUACUGGGGUGGCACCAUGCGCCCCGACUGGCUCAACGAGACCAAGCUGACCAGGUUCGAUGUCCCCGGCCUCUGCAACCAGAUCUGGGCCGACUCUGUUGGUGUUGCAUGCACCGACAUGGACCAGAUGGCUGGUUGUGUGCUGGGAGGUGGCGUUGCCGUGAAUGCCGGUUUGUGGUGGAAGCCUCACCCUCUCGAUUGGGACGAGAACUUUCCCGCUGGCUGGAAGUCCAGCGACACUCGCCAGGCCACGGACCGUGUCUUCUCCCGUAUCCCGGGCACAGUAAGACCCUCGCAAGACGGGAGGAUCUACUACGACCAAGGCUUCAACGUCCUGUCCUCGGGUCUGAGCUCCGCGGGCUGGCAGCGCAUCGACGAGCCCAACUCCUCCCCCGACCGCAAGAACCGGACAUUCGGCCACUCGACCUUUAUGUUCUCCGGCGGCGAGCGUGGCGGUCCCCUGGCGACCUACCUCAAGACUGCCUCCGAGCGCCCCAACUUCCGCCUCAUCACCGAUACCAGCGUCAGGAGGCUGAUCCGGUCCGGCGGGCGCGUCACCGGCGUCGAGAUUGAGGGCAACCCCGCGACCGGCCACGGCUACGCGGGCGUCGUCAACGUCACAGCAAGCACGGGCCGCGUCAUCCUGUCGGCCGGCGUCUUUGGCACCGCAAAGGUGCUCUUCCGCAGCGGCAUCGGCCCAGCCGACUCCCUGGCCACGGUCAAGGCGUCUGCGUCCGACGGCGCCUCCAUGAUCAGCGAGUCGGAGUGGAUCGACCUGCCCGUGGGCUACAACCUCGUCGACCACGUCAACACCGACACCAUCGUGGACCACCCGGACGUUGUCUUUUACGACUUUUACGAGGCGUGGGACCACCCAAACCCGUCGGACGAGCAAAAGUACCUGGGCAGCCGCACGGGGAUCCUGGCGCAGGCGGCGCCCAACAUCGGCCCGCUGUUCUGGGAGGAGGUCCGGGGCGCCGACGGCGUGGUCAGGCAGUUCCAGUGGACGGCGCGCGUCGAGGGCACCACUAACACGUCCAUGACCAUGAGCAUGUACCUGGGCCGCGGCCUGACCAGCCGCGGCCGCAUGUCCAUCACCAGCAGGCUGGACACGCGCGUCGUGACCCCGCCGUACCUGCGCGACGACAACGACCGCCUCGCCGUCAUCCAGUCGCUCGACAACGUCCGCGCCUCGCUGGCCGCCGUCCAGAACCUCACCUGGCACGUACCCAGCCUCAACCAGACCAGCGAGGCCUAUGUCAACUCGCUGCUGACCACGCCUGCCCAGCGCAGGGCGAACCACUGGAUGGGUACCACCAAGCUCGGCACCGACGAUGGUCGCAGCGGCGGCACGGCCGUCAUCGACACCAACACCAAGGUCUACGGCACCGACAACCUCUUUGUCGUCGACGCCUCCAUCUUCCCGGGAAUGGUGACCAGCAACCCGUCUGCCAUGAUUGUCAUUGCCGCCGAGCACGCUGCCACCAAGAUUAUGGCCCUCGACAAGUAGGUUUGGGAUGUGCGAUGAAGUGUUUUGGAAUGGGAGACGGCCGUGCACUGUCAAAUGCCUGGAGGUUGUACAUUGAUAAGCAAAAUUAUUACGGGUUUUGUCGUUCUCCAAAUGCGUUCAAGCGAAGCCACUGCAUUUACUGUCGUCAGUGUCUAGCUUUGUUUGUGCUCUCUGCAUUAGGUGUCUAGGUUUCGUCACUUUUCACCCUACACGCACAUGCUGGUCAAGUUGGCCCGGAAACCUAGAGUGGCGGCUGCAAC